UAUGGGCCCCUCUUCCCCGAUGUUAUUGUGAUAGAACUGCCAGUGGCCAAGGCUUCAACAUCUCUAGCUCUAGGAAUUCACAGGUACGGUUUAUGGAAUACUCUAAAUUAAAUUCACUUACACAGCCUACUGAGAGAUCCCAUACUGUAUGUGGCUUCAUUGUUUGAAUUGUGGUACAGCCGGUGUUUUCAUAAAUUAUAGAUGGGUUCCAACAAAAUAUGUGUAUUUUUGUUGAACUUCAAACAAAAUAUGAUCUUGAAUUCAAGUAAUACCUUUUCCCCCAGAGCCAUGAAAGUUGCCUGGAUACAAUUCUUAGUGCUAUUGUAAGAAUGACUUGGGAGUUUGUUGUGUUGUAUGAUGAAACACAAAUGGCUACCAGAUGAGUAGAUCAUCUUUUAAUCCAUGGAAAAUGUACUGUUCACAAUGGGUGGGAAUUUCACUGAGGAAUAACGGAGCUGGUGACUCUGGUGCCUUGCUACAGGACACUUCGGCAGCAUGAGGAGAGGGCCAGGGUGGGGCUGAUGAUUGGGGCCUUGAAACGAUGUCUUCCCACUAUAGGUCACUCGCCUGCUGUUUCUAAAUAAGAUGCCACUCCUAUGUUGAGAGGCUCUUUCUAAUAUGAUAUUUGAGAUGGAAAAUUAAAGCGCGCCGUGCCAGCUUGAAGACCACAAGUUCCUCUCAUUUACCACAUGUGGUUAAACGCAUUCUAAUCCUCCGUGGCAACGCUGCUGUUAGUUUGAUGGAGGGCACGAUUGGUCAACAGCAGCUGACCGCGCCCUCAACCCAUAUAAGCUACCUACCUAACUAUUACCACCAAGUGUCGGGGGAACGACGGCGCUGCUGCUGCUCUCGGUGCGUCGGAGGUGAGAAAGCAAUUGUCUGUACGGAGAAGCUCUGGGCUUCCCAGCCUGCCUCCCCCCAUCAACACAGCAACAUCUAAAGAUAAGAAGACGAUCCUUCCUGGAGACAGAGGUCGCAUAUUCAUCUGCCGCAUUCAUAUCUGCUCAGUUUUGGAUUUUUCUCUGUCUUCUGUGCUUGCGCGUUGGCUGGCUGGAAUACCUCGUUAAAUCCAUGUGUCGGAUCGUUGGAUGAUGCCCAGGAUGUUGGGAGGCUGAGAGUGGAGGGUGCACCUAGGCUGCAUGCCUAGCUAACCCAUGGAGAACUGACAGGAACAUUGCUGGAUGGAGGCCAAGACACUGGAUGGCGAAGACGAGGAAGCACACAGUAUUGUGGAUCGCUUGUGUUGUUUGUUCUCUUUCUCAGCCGAUCCAAAGUAGAUGCAAAGUAUUCUGCGUUGCACCUCAUUUGUUCAUUCUGUCACAUGUCACCCACAGAGAGAUGGCAAAAAGAAUCUGGAUAGACAGUCGAGGCUAAGGAGACUCUUUUACUGCAUCUGGAUGUUGCAGUCUUAUUGCUUCUACUUUUAGGGUGAUAACAAAAGAAGCACAGACACAGAUAAUAUUUCCUUCUCACGGUCAUAUUGGAUGCAUAUGACUUAGAGACCACAGAGGAGCAAAACAGUUGUAGACAGUAAUCAUCAUGGGCAGGUGUAAAAGCAAGGCUUCCUUGUUACUAUUGUUAGCUGGGUUAGUGCUAAGAGGAAUGGCUCUGGAAUAUGAGGGGGUUCCUGGUCAGUGGACACGCUAUGGUCAGUGGGAUGCUAAAACAACAGGUGAGCUCAGCUUUAUUCUGAAAACCAGCAUCAGCAAAGCCCUGGUGCUGUAUUUGGAUGAUGGAGGGAACUGUGACUUCCUGGAGCUUCUAAUUGCAGACGGGAGGCUCCAGAUGCGCUUCACCAUCCAUUGCGCUGAACCAGCAUCUCUGCAUACAGAGACGCGGAUCAACGAUCAGCGCUGGCACCGAAUUCUUCUUUCCCGUAAUUACAGAGAGACCAGGCUAGUGGUGGACAGUGAGGAGAAAGUUGCUGAGGUGAAAUCCAAGAGAAAAGAGAUGGUGGUGGCCAGCGACCUCUACGUAGGGGGGAUCUCACCUGAUGUGCGUCUCUCUGCCCUGACAUCCAGUACAGUUAAAUAUGAGCCACCGUUCCAGGGCUUUAUAGUCAAUUUGAAACUCGGAGAGGCACUACCAGUGCUGUUGGAUGGACAAGCUGUUCAUAGUGAUUUGGAGUACAUAUGUGCCACACACUCUCCCUGCAGCAACAAAGGCCUGUGCUCCGUCAGCCAGGGAGAGGUCAUCUGUGACUGUGUCAAUACCAGCUACAGGGGAAGGUACUGCCACGAAGCUGUCCAGAAAGAAGUAGAAGGUCUGGCGCACCUGAUGUUAAACCGCCAAGUUUUUCGCCAAGGGCAGGAGGAGUCAGUGGCCACCUUCAAAGGCAACGAGUUCUUCAGCUACAACCUGUCCCAGACGCCUAUUCAGAGCAGUUUGGAUGAGAUCACGCUGUCCUUCCGUACCCUGCAGAGGAACGGCCUGCUCCUUCACACAGGGAAGUCGGCUGACUAUGUCAACCUCUCCCUGAGGAACGGCGCUCUGUGGCUGGUCAUCAACCUGGGCUCUGGUGCUUUUGAGGCCCUGGUGGAACCUGCCGGUGGAAAAUUUAAUGACAACAUUUGGCAUGAUGUACGAGUGACGCGCAACCUCCGCCAGGUGACCAUCUUGGUGGAUGGGAUUCUGACAACCACAGGCUACACUCAGGAGGAUUACACCAUGCUGGGCUCUGAUGACCUCUUCUACAUAGGGGGCAGCCUAAACACAGCUGACCUGCCAGGCUCCCCGGUCAGCAACAACUUCAUGGGCUGUCUGAAAGAUGUGGUCUACAAGAAUAAUGAGUUUAGACUGGAACUGUCACAGCUGGCUGAACAGCGAGACCCUAAGAUCAGUAUCCAUGGUGACCUGAUAUUCAGCUGUGAGAACGUGGAAGCCCUGGAGCCGGUCACCUUCGACACACCGUCUGCGUACUUGACACUGCCCAGGUGGAACACAAAGAAGACAGGUGCCAUAUCUUUUGACUUCCGUACCACAGAGCCCAGUGGCCUGCUGCUGUUCAGUCAUGGCAGCCUGCAGGGAACGCACCCCGACAGGAAGCCCAGGGCCGACUUCUUUGCCAUAGAGCUGCUGGACGGAUUUCUCUACUUGGUCAUGGAUAUGGGCUCUGGGAGUAUCAAGAUAAAAGCCAGUAACACCCGACUUGAUGAUGGCGAGUGGUGUCAUGUGGACUUCCAGAGGAAUGGGCGAAACGGCUUUAUCUCUGUGAGUAGCCAGAGCAUCCCCUUUUCUGCUAAUGAAGGCAGUGAGAUCCUUGAUCUAGAUGGGGACAUGUAUCUUGGAGGUUUACCUGAGGAUCGCCAAGCCCUCAUGCUCCCCCCUGAGGUAUGGACAGCCUCCCUUGGCCUUGGCUACGUGGGCUGCAUGAGGGAUGUCUUCGUCGACGGGCAGAGCCGUAACCUGUGGAGACUGGCGGAGGCUCAGAGCGCCACAGGUGUCAGCAGCUUGUGCACCAGAGAGACUCAUAUCAGGUGCACCAGAGACACUUGUGCCAAUGCGGGACACUGCAGCGAAGGCUGGAACCGCCACAUUUGUGACUGCACUGGCACUGGCUACCUGGGUCACAGCUGUGAGAAGGAGGCCACCAUGGUGAGCUACGAUGGUAGCAUGUAUCUGAAGGUGGUGCUGCCAAGGGCACUGCACACAGAGGCCGAGGAUGUGUCCCUGCGCUUCAUGUCCCAGAGGGCCUUUGGGCUGCUGAUGGCCACCACUUCUCAGGAGUCAGCGGACACGUUGCGUUUGGAGCUGGAUGGAGGCAGAGUGAAACUCACUGUGAACCUGGAUUGUAUCAGGAUAGACUGUAAUCUCAGCAAGGGACCAGAGAUACUCCUGGUAGGCGAGAAGCUGAAUGACAAUGAGUGGCACACAGUGAAGGUGGUGCGGCGUGGGAAGAACUUGCUGCUCUCUGUGGAUAACGUGACUGUGGAAGGCCACAUGACCGGCGCCCACACUCGCCUGGAGUUCAACAACAUCGAGACAGGGAUCAUGACUGAGCGGCGUUUCAUCUCUGUGAUGCCUUCCAAUUUCAUCGGCCAUUUGCAGGCGCUCUCCUUCAAUGGGAUGCUCUAUCUGGACCAGUGCAAGAACGGAGACAUCUCCUACUGCGAGCUAAAUGCUCGAUUUGGCAUGAGGCAGAUUGUGGCCAACCCUGUAACUUUUCUAACCCAAGCCAGCUACUUGGCCUUCUCUACCUUGCAGGCCUAUGCCUCCAUGCACCUUUUCCUCCAGUUCAAGACCACCAGUCCUGACGGCCUGAUGCUUUACAACUCUGGAGAUGGUAGUGACUUCAUCAUGGUGGAGCUAGUCAAAGGGUACAUUCAUUAUGUUUUUGACUUGGGAAAUGGGCCGUCUCUAAUGAAGGGAAACUCUGACAAGCCACUGAAUGACAACCAGUGGCACAAUGUGUUGAUCUCCCGUGACAACAACAAUGUUCAUAUUCUUAAGAUUGAUUCCCGCACUGUCACCCAACACACCAACGGGGCCCGCAACCUGGAUCUAAAAGGGGAGCUAUACAUUGGUGGUGUUGGGAAGAGCAUGUACAGCAGCUUGCCCAGGUUAAUAGCAUCCCGGGAAGGAUACAAGGGCUGCCUGGCAUCUGUAGACUUGAAUGGGAGACUCCCUGACCUGCUGGCAGAUGCCCUCCACAGGGUGGGAGAUGUGGAGCGUGGCUGUGGAGGUCCCAGCACCACCUGCACAGAGGACUCCUGCCACCACCAGGGAGUGUGUCUGCAGCUCUGGGAGGGCUUCUCCUGUGACUGUACCAUGACCACCUACGGGGGGCCGUUCUGCAGUGACCCUGGGACCACAUAUAUUUUUGGAAAAGGAGGGGCUCUCAUCACAUUCACCUGGGCUCCCAAUGAGCGGCCGAGCACCCGAGCUGACCGGUUAGCUGUGGGCUUUAGCACUCAGCAGAAGGAUGCUAUCUUGGUGCGAGUGGAGAGCACCCAUGGGCUCGGAGACUAUCUUCAACUACACAUAGAUCAAGGAAAAAUCAGUGUCAUCUUCAAUGUGGGGACAGAUGAUAUCACCAUCGAUGAGCGUGCUGUCAUAGUCAAUGACGGCAAGUACCAUGUUGUACGCUUCACACGCAGCGGUGGCAAUGCCACUCUGCAGGUGGACAACCAUCCAGUGAUUGAGCGUUAUCCACCAGGACACUAUGAUAAUGAACGACUGGCUAUUGCUAGACAAAGAAUCCCAUACAGACUUGGUCGGGUAGUUGACGAGUGGCUACUCGAUAAAGGGAGACAGCUGACCAUCUUUAACAGCCAGGCAGCUAUUAAGAUUGGUGGUUCUGACAGGGGCCGGCCCUUCCAGGGCCAGAUUUCAGGGCUCUAUUACAACGGUCUCCAGGUGCUCAAACUAGCAGCAGAAAAUGAUCCGAGCGUACAGGUGGAGGGGAACCUGCGUCUGGUCGGGGACUCGCUCUCCACGGUGACCACCGACACCACUUCUGCUACCCCGCUGGCGGUGUCUGAUAUGUCUACCACAAUCAUGGAACCCACCGCCACUAGGGCUACCACCACUACCCGCAGGCCGCGGUCACCCAGCUUGAGGGAGAGCAUCUCCAAGCCGCAGAACACUGAUGAUAUUCUAGUGGCGUCUGCUGAGUGUCCAAGUGAUGACGAAGACCUGGAAGAGUGUGAACCAGGAACAGGAGGUGAAUUAGUGUUGCCUAUUAUUACAGUGGAUUCCCUUGAGCCCCCAUCCAUUGCCACCCGUUAUCCCGUCAUUCCUCCCCCUCCUACACUCCUAUCCCCACUUGAAACCACCAAAGAGUCGCUGAUACUCCCUCCUCACCCUUCCUGCCCCCCGGACCAGGAGGACUGUGGUGACCCUGUGGAGGUCUCAGCCUUUGGCUCUGGGGAGAUGACAGAAUCAGAUGAUGAGGACUUUUACAAUAAUAACUCCCCUAUGGUCACUGACAGGACAGUCCUUCCUCCACCUCCCGCUUCCGGUGAGGGAGGGGUCCAGAAACCCCGCCCCGUACCUCCUUAUGUUCCCACCACUAACCCUGACCAGCUCCACAUCCCUGCAGGCAAAAUGAACACCCGUGACCAGGUGCUUCUGCCCCCCGCUCCUCCUUCCUCCCGAAACACACCAGGACUAACUUACCCCCCCAAUUUUCCCCAUAUGCCCACAGCCGACCCCACAGCCUCUGAUGAAAAGAGCCAACCCGGUGCCGUGGAGGUGAUCAGGGAGUCCAGUAGCACCACAGGGAUGGUUGUUGGUAUUGUGGCUGCUGCUGCUCUUUGCAUUCUUAUCCUCCUCUAUGCCAUGUACAAGUACCGCAACCGAGACGAGGGCUCCUACCAGACAGACCAGAGUCACAAUUUUGCCAACAGUUCCACAGUGGAAGGCAAUGGAGCAGUGGUCAAAGACAAAAACACAGCAACGGCCUCUGUGGCCAAGGCAAUCACAAAGGGCAAAAAGAACAAAGACAAAGAAUACUACGUCUGAAAACGGAGAAGGAGAGUCGGAAAGCGUGGACUGAUACAAGAGGAUGAGAGAGGUUGCUUUUGUUUCGUUAGCCUAUUUUCGUCAGGUUGACCAUCAAAGAAAUUUUACAGGCUAAAAAAAAAACUGCACAAAGCAAUUGUAUGUUCCUUUUCACAGUUACAUGUUCUCAAAAGUCAAGGCCCAGCUUGAUGAAAUCUUCAUCUACUGCACAAGAUCAGACUCAUCCUCUGUGUUACAACAUGCACUCACUGGUUUUUUGUUAGUGUAUCUUUUUUUAUGUUUUUUUUUUUACAGGCUAUGGGUAUAUAGAACAGGCAUAUCCACUUUGGCUUUGUAUAUAGCAUGGAUAUGGUACACUGAAGAAAGUGCUGAGUACAUCCGUACAGAUUUGCUUAAGUGUUAUUUUUUGUUCUUCUUUGUAACGCUCUAUCUCAAGUCUCAGUGUUCCCAUUAUGAUAAAUGAGGCGGUACAGGCCAGUUAUUGAAUUUUUACGGUAGAUGAGCAGAGAGCACCUCUAUUUCUGACUGCUUUCAAAAAAGAAAGCCUUUAUUUGGAUAAGACGUCAUCUCUGCAGCUUUCACGUUAUGUUAUGUGGUUUUAAAACUCCCCUGUCACUCUGUCCGCAAGCGAUGAUAUUAUGUUUCUGGUGCUGUAUCAUAAAUAAAGCAUGAUAUUUAACUCUCCUGGUGAAAAAUACAGCAUUUAAAUGAGAUUAUUAAAUCACUCAACAGACUCCACCCAGUGAAUCACACAGUAUGAUGGAUCAGAAAUAUUACUUACAUGAGAUAUCAGAGUCAGUGUGCCAUCCCAUUCCAAGUAGGGAUAAUUGUGAACAAGUUGGUCAGUCAGUGAAGGUAUUUCUCUGUGAACAUUGCUUGUAUGUACAUAUAGAGGUUAGCAGAUUGAAAAAGCAUUGUGUACGCAGAGGAAUGAUAUGAAGAAAAAUCGGCAUAAGAGACACUCGGCCCACCUCAACAGCUUUCAGAAUGACAUCAAAACUGCAGCCCGAACUUCACAGGAAUUUUGGAAAAACAUUUAAAGAAGUUUUUCCGGUUGUUUCUUGGAAAAGGAGAACCAACCCACCUCACCGGAGGCUGGCUCAUGAGGUUUUCCUUCCUCAGAACUGUCAUGGGAUAAUUCAAAAGCACAGAGAAAAUGUAAGCAUAUCUUUGAGACAUAGAUAUAUAUCCUUGUAAAGCAGCCAAACAUGUAUUGUUUUUUUCUAUCAGUUACUAAAAGACUAUUCUAUGAGAUAAAUAAUUGAAGGUUUGUGAACUGUAUUGAUAUUUCUCUAUUUCGAUGUAUCUUGUUACCACUCCUCUUAACACAUUACAUUCUAGAUCACCUUUUAAUUAAAUCCAGACAAAAAGCACACUUUCCUCUGAUAGCUGCACAUAUCUUUUUUUUUUUUUGCAUUUAUGGUUCAGAUUAUGCAGAGAAAACACAAGGAUGGAACAAAUGUUUUGUUUUGUCGCAUUGUGCAUUUUAUGUGCUGAAUCUGGUACUCAAUGGAUCUGAUAAUAUAAAGCCAUUUUUCUGUUGACAACUGCUGUUUUUAUGUUUAAAAUACUUAUUCAUACUCUGUGAUUUCCUGUUGUUUUUUUUUUUUUUAUUUAAUGAAAGUGCCAUUCAACAUGACCUGCUCAGCCUUCAGAAAAUAUUCCAUUCCUCACUCAUUGCUAUUGUAUAGUGUUCAUGUGAAAUGGAUCUUAAUAUGUGUACAGAACGUGGAUAAAGACAAAAAUACACUUGAUUAUAUACUUUGUACACAUCUGUGUUGUGUGCUGCUUCUUGUAGAUUCACAUAGAAAAUGCAUUUUAUUUGACUUUUUAUCACUGGACACAGACGCUAUAGAAUUUGGAUUGAACUAAGAGUGACAUGAAUUAGGCAACAAUUAUGGUAUACAUCAAAAUAUAUGUGAAUACAAGUGACCCUCUCACAGUCACACAUUGUACUGAUCUAGUUACUGGCGAUUAGGCUUUGGGAAUUAUAAAUCUUUUGGGAUAAAAGAAACAAUUCAAAAUAUUAUGUAAUCUUACAAAGGGCACAUUUUGCUAGCAAGAUAAGUUAACACAUUUAACAUGAAGAAACAGUGUUUCACACAAAUUGCCAGUCAUGAUAAAAAUUUGUCUUACACUUGAGUUUCAUCAUCUUCUACUCCUUCACUCUCCUCCUCUCUCUCUUUCUUGUACAGUGCAGUUAGUAAUGACUUGAUGUCCAUUAUUUAUAAUAAAAUGUGUGUUUUCUGCACCUUACACUGCUGCUGCUGUUUAGUUCAGGUCU